AAAUGUGUGCACUCGUGGGUUUUCUAAGUCGCGCUUGUUCGUUCUGGAAAACGGACAAAAGGUGACGCGAGACGAACGAGACAACUUCGAAAGGUUUUUUCACUUUUUCCUCAACGAGCCCACGAAACAACCGACCCAUGAAGCGACAGUUGGACGAGGAAGAUCUGCCGUCGUCGUACUCCAUUAACGGACUGCUCAACAGUCUGGAGAAGGAAGAAUCCCGAGAUAAAUACGACUACGGAGACAACUUGCAGACGUCCUACAACACCAACGACGACGGUUCCAGACUCGGUUCCGGCUCCAAGAGGAAACAGCGAAGGUAUCGCACCACGUUCUCCAACUACCAGUUGGAGGAGUUGGAGAGGGCGUUCCACAAGACGCAUUAUCCCGACGUGUUUUUUCGGGAGGAGCUGGCUCUGAGGAUCGACCUCACCGAGGCUCGGGUGCAGGUGUGGUUCCAGAACCGCAGAGCCAAAUGGAGGAAACAGGAGAAAUGUCUGAGCAAAAACAUGCCACCGGGGACAAUCAACUUGCCCCUCUCCCUGCAAGCUUGUUCCACACCUCUCGAAAGUCCACUGCUAAACUUCAACCCCGAACAAAACUCCUCCAACUUGUUCCUGGGAUUGGAAUGGUCGAACAUGACGUCUCCCAUUUUCACCAGCCAAUCGAUAAACUUGGAACAGAACGGACAAGUCGACUCCGAUCGUCUGAACGAGACAAUUUUGAUAGCAGAUCGGAUCACCAAUUCGAUAAACACCAAUCUAACGAUGGGCGACAACAUUUUGCUCAACGACGAUUUGAACUCCCCUCGCAUGGACUCCAAUCUGAUCGACAUGGGAGACAACAACGACAUCGACAUCGAUUCCGAUUUGUUAACGUUGAAACCGAAUCGAAAUGUGAACGCCGAUCGUUGACUGUUUGUUUACUAAUCAAUGACUAAUGUUAAAUAAAUGUUUUCCUCCCUU